AUGGCUUCCCCGUACUCCACCAUGCAGAUCGCCGGCGUCCCUGCCGCAGCUGCCAUCACCCCCAACGCCGCCCUGCGCACCCAGGCCCAGGCAGCGCUGGCACAGCUCGCCGAGGACUUCGCCGUCCUCGAGGACUCGGACCCCGUGAGCGCCUUCGAGGUCGCCCGCACCCCGAUGCGCCGCCGCGGCGGCACCCUGCGCCCGGGCAACUUCGAGUACCCUUCCUUCAGGCAGGGCCGCAUGCCCGGCGCCGUCUGCGGUUGA